AUGCCGCCGAGAAAUAAGUGCAAAUUCCCGAUUCCGGUUGAAACGCUGCGGAUGCUGCAGGAGAACCUGAAGGAGGAGGCCAAAAUCAUGAAGGACGUUCCCGGCUGGAAGGUGGGCGAGUCCCGGUUCCACACGGAGCGCUGGGUGCCCCCGACSCUGGACGAGCUCUAUUUCCUGCGGCCCGAGGCCGAGCUGGACCGCGAGAAGUUCGGGCUGCAGAAUUACCCCAGUCCCCCAGUCCACGACCCCAGCCCGGACCCCUCGCUCUCCCCUGGGGCGGUGCCGGGUCCCUUCCCCCGGGCCGGCUCCGAGCGGGGUGUGAGCGUUUCCCCCCAAGGGGCGCACGGCGGGGGCUGGAGCCCCGCGGCUCCCCCGGUUCCCCCCGGUGCGGCCGAGAUGGCGGCCCCGGCGGAGCUCAGAUUCCAGCCCGGCGGCCCCGGGCGGCGCUGGAGGCGGCCCAGGCCGUUCCGCCCGCGCAGCAAGGCGGAGGCAAAGGCCAUGGAGAAGGAGCUGCUGGAGGAUUAUCGGUUCGGGCGGCAGCAGCUGAUCGAGAUCUGGGGACACGCCUGUGCCGUGGCUGUCACCAAGGCGUUCCCGCUGCCGUCGCUGCCGCGGAAGCAGCCCACGGUGCUCGUGGUGUGCGGGCCGGCGCAGAACGGGGCCAUCGGGCUGGUGUGUGCCCGCCACCUCCGCAGCUUUGAUUACGAGCCCACCAUCUUCUACCCCAAGCGCUCCCCGGACCCGCUGUACCGCGAUUUCACCACGCAGUGUGAGAAGAUGGACAUCCCUUUCCUGUCCUAUCUGCCCACCGAGGUGCAGCUCAUCAACGACGCCUACAACGCCGUGGUGGACGCGGUGCUGGGAGCCGAGGCCGAGGUGGCCGAGGGGACAGAGCCCUGCGCGGCCAUCCUGGCCACCCUCAAGCACAUCCGCAUCCCCAUCGUCAGCCUGGAUGUCCCCUCAGGGUGGGAUGCCGAGGCCGGUGGCAGCGGAGGGAUCAGCCCCGAUGUCCUGGUGUCGCUGGCGGCCCCCAAGGAGUGCGCGCGGCGCUUCGGGGGCCGCCAACACUUCGUGGCCGGGCGCUUCCUGCCCUACGAGGUGCAGAGGAAGUUCGAGCUGAACCCCCCCGAGUACCCCGGCACCGAGUGCGUGGUGGCCCUGUGA